AGCGAUCGCAAAGGACGGCUUCAAUACACACUGAAUAGCUACAUUCACUGCGCUGGUGGUUUCCUCACAUACAACACAUCCACACGCAUCCACACAGACCCAACCCACGGUGGACAUAUCGAAACGAAUCCGAUACGAAACGACAAUGGCGACUCCCAAUCCGACAAAUCCUCCGUUGACUUCGACUGCGCCAUCGGACCCCUCCGUUAAGCGCAAUACGCGUCCGCUGCCAGACGACAAGUUCGUGAAGGUGGGCCGCUGCGCCAGUACGGGUCGAGAGAUCAGCAUCUGCUACCGCACCUUUGGCAAUCCCAAGGACCCGUGCCUGUUGCUGGUGAUGGGUCUGGGCGGCACCUCUUGGCAUUGGAAAGUCGACUUCAUUCAAGGUCUUGCUGGCUCCGGCUUCUACGUGGUGUGCUACGACAAUCGCGAUGUGGGGCUGUCGACACACCUGGAUGGAUGCCCGACGGUGUUCAUCGCUCGCAUGGUUCUGCCGUCCUGGGCCUCGCUUGGCGAGGGUCAGCCGCCCUACACGCUAUACGACAUGGCCGAGGACGGCAUGAACCUGCUGACAGCGCUUGGGAUUGAGAAGGCGCACAUCCUCGGUACGUCGAUGGGAGGGAUGAUUGUGCAGUGCAUGGCGCUGCGCCACCCCGAGCGGGUGAAGAGUCUGACGAUCGUGUACUCGCACAGCGGCGGUCCGAAGGUGAAGCCGCAGACGUUUAAGAUGUCUUUGGCCAUGCUGCGCGAACCGGCCAGCAACUCGCUAGAGGAUCAAGUCAACUUUAAGGUGCAGAUGGCGGCUCUGUACACGGGUGACUACGAGUUGGACGAGGCGGCAGCCCGUACGACGGCUCAACUAACCCUCAGCCGCUGCCCGGAAGACGGCGAUGGUGUGUUGCGGCAGAUUUGGGCAGUUCAACGUGCGGAGAGCCGCGAGGACGGCUUGCGGCAGCUCCGCGGCAUUCCGACUCUUAUUGUGCACGGCAUGGCGGAUACGAUGGUGCCGUUUGAGAACGGGCUGCAGCUGGCUCGGCUGGUGGAUGGGUCGAAGCUCGUCUCCUUUGCGCGCAUGGGCCACUCCCUUCCGAAAGAUCUGUACGAUGAUAUCGUCGCGGAGGUGGUGCUGCAGAGGGAGCGUGGCGAGGCGAUGCACGCGCCUGCGUCUGCUGCGGCUGAGCCGGUGAAGUCUGCUGAAUAG